GCAGCCGGAACGGGUCAAGCCUCGGCUCGGUGCAGCUUGGCACCCCGGCACCCCGCAGCCCGGCCCUGCAGCCGGCUCGCUUUGGGGCUCCGGCCCAGGCGGCAGCGGGGAGAGCGGCGCACGGAGCCCGUGUUACCCACCGGAGCCGAGAGGGUGAACGCCGGAAACUCCCGAUGUGCCCCGUUGCCCGUCAUGGCGCUGGAGGCGCCUUCUGAGGACACGCUUCCUCCGAUAUGGCUUUGAUCAGCCUGAAAAGCUUCCACUUCUGUUCACCCGGCGCACCGGCGAGCAGGCGUAUUUUGAUGACCCUAAGAAAAGGUUUGAGCUCCGUCAGCGAACGGCGGAAGCCCCAGAGCUCUGGCCCUACAGCCGUGAGGGUGCUGCGUUCCAAUGACAAAAGUCGGGGUGUGUUUUGUCGGAAAAACCACGUGCAGCUGCGGAUGCAGUCCCUGUCUGUUAACGAACCGCUGCAUCUCCGUGGGGAUGCUGGGAGCAGCGCUAAAGCUGAUGAGAGAUGGAUGGAUGAACAAACGUUCUUCAGGACUUUGAAAAGCCUCCAUACGUCGCAAGAGAUUUUUAAGUUUCUUCGCUCCCUGGAAGCUAUGUCUGAUAUUAUGGCGUCUGGAGCCCUGCAGAGGAUCUCUGAAGUUGAGGUGGAUGACGAUGGGCUGAAGAACCCUGAAGAUGUGCUAGAGAAUGAAGUUUUCAGGGCAUUGUGCUUUCAGUUUGAAUUUGAAUGCUCAAAACUGUCCAACACUGGGCUGCUGAAUGCACUGCAAGCUUUGAUAAAGCUACGCAUAGAUCCCCAGAGUACGCUCAUAGCAAGGUUGCUUUCAGAGAGUGAAGAGCGGCUUGCUACCAGAAAGCUGACUGUUGACAAUCUGUGCUCUCUUGGAGAGAGUUUGCUCAAGUUGGAAGCCCCAAGUUGGGCUAUGCUGGAACAGAUUGUGAGCCACAUGCAAGAGAAAGACACCAAGAACUGGAGUCCUAGGGAAAUGGCGGUAGUAUAUAGGAUACUGCAGGUGAUGGCCAGGGAAAGGGAACAAUACCGGGACCUGCUGAGCAGAAUGAACAGUGCCACUUUAACCAUAGCUUACCAGCUAAGUCCAAAGUUUACAAGCAUAAUACUAAAUUCACUGGUGGCUCUCCAUCAGACUCAGGUAGUUCCCUUAAUCUUAGCACUAUGUAAGCAUUCUGUGAAGCAUGUUCCUUACUUUACUGACGAUGAGUUGGUAAAUGUACUGGAAGCCUUCCUGUUCUUUGGACACCGUGAACAGAUUUUUACAGAGGCACUAGAGAAGCAUGUUCCUAAGUCCAUUCAUACUAUGCAUCCUGAAACUGUCAGCAAAGUCAUACAAUACUGCUGUCAAAAGAAGAUCCUUUCCAUGCCUAUCUUGGAUGCGGUGGCAGAAGGUUUCAUUUCUAAUGCUGACAGCUUUACCACUGACCAGAUUGCUGAAUAUAUUGUCCCAUUUGGGACUCUGAACUACCUCCCUCCAAAUGCUUCUUCCUUGUUUAGGAAGCUUGAAGCAAUACUACGUACUCGUUUUAGUCAAUUUGAACCUCACACCUUGCUGAAUCUGCUGCACUCAUGUGUUCUUAUUCAGCGUUAUCCAGUAAAUUUUCUGCCAAAAAUAUUUAGUCCCUAUUUUCUUCAGCGGCUUCAAGCUCAGCCGCCUGGUUUGGACAGAGUUGUCGCCUCCCAGCUAACACAGCUUUUUCUAACUGUUACCCUGGAGUGCCCAUUUUAUCAGGGUCCCAGACUCCUUCCAAAGUAUCAAGUAAAUGCCUUUCUCACAACUCACUGUUUUCUGGAUGUUCACCUCUUCAAAAAGGUGAAGAGUGGACUAUUGUAUUUACUGAAAGAAAGAUUAUAUUUUUCAUCACGGGUAUCAACACCGUAUUUCUAUACAGUCGAUAUUGAGAUUAAAUUAGAUGAAGAAGGCUUUGUGCUGCCCGCUACUCAACAUGAAGAAGUACACACACGAAUUGCGCUCUGUGUUGAUGGUCAAAAUAGGUUUUGUGUUAAUAGCCACAAUCUGCUGGGAGAAGAAGCUAUUAAACAGAGGCAUCUUCAGUUACUUGGUUAUAAAGUUGUGCAGGUUCCGUUUUUUGAGGUAGAAAGUAUAAAAUCUUGCAUAAAAAUGGCAGAAUAUCUACACAAAAAGAUAUUUCCUCAUACACAAGGACGUGGCUGCUGACAAUGGAGAAUACUACUGCAUCACAGCUUGGCCUCCUGUACCAUAAAGUGUACAUAUUACACGUGGAAGAACAAUUCUAAUAAUUAUCUAAGAUGAUUUCAGCUUCUGAAUGUGUGACCUUCCAAUAUUUGGAACAAUUAAUAUGUAAAGAGUAAUAAAAAGCAACAUAUUUUCUUAAAUAAGUUUUUUGGAAAUAUUUAUUGUAUAAUAUUAACAGAUAAAAGUGCUGAACAGUCAUUGCUGCAUUUCCCUUGUAUUUUCACUGGUUCUAACUCACACCUGUCAAUGGACAUUUAAGGUUAUAAGCUGUUACUGAAGUGAGUGUGAGAUGCUAUUGAAAGAGAAGUAGAUGACACAAGCACAGAUAAGUACUGCUGGUAUCUCACUAAAUUACACUCCUUUGGUGGAAGUCAUCUGGAGAUGCACGUUUCUCACAUUGGCCAGAAGAUGGUAGUGUUCUCAAACAUCUUUUCCCGUACUUAUUUGAACACAGAUGGUUUGUAAGUAUAGCAAGACUUUGAAUGAAGUAAUUUGCACUGCCUGUACCAAACUAAAAAUAAUGUAUAUAGAAUAUGGUCACAUUUUGUCUCACUUGUGAUCCUUCACUUGUGAUACUCUUGAUAAAGCAUUCUGGUGUUGUUAGAAAAUAUUCCUUUCUCACUUCAUUCAUACUGUGUGUGAUUCUUUUUCAUUUAAUGCUGCUGGAUUUCUUUAAGGAAGUAUUCAUUAUUGAAAAGGAAUGUAGCAGUUUCUGCCCUCUUGUCCAUAGCCAUUACUCAUUGAAAGAGGAAACAUUACAAGCCAUAAAUACUGAAAGUGCCAAACACCUCUAAAAAUGGACUGCUCUGUAUACUCAGCUCCUCACAUCAUAUCAGAUGCUCUAUUGAUUGCCUGGUUCACUGCAUAUCCAGGCCCUAGAGGAAGCAGUUACUUGUAUUAUUUUUUCCUAGCAGACUUAUUUCCUAUUUAAGUAUCUGACAGAAGUACAGUGUCAGUCAAUGCUGCGGACUUCAGUCCUUCUUAAACAAGUUUCAUCGGUCUGGCUAAGUGUUCGAUAUUGAACAGUAUCAAUAUUGCUUCAGCUUUAAACAACAACAGAAUCAACGGCACUGCAGAACCACAAGGAUGCACACCCUGCAGAUGAUCUUUUCCUGAAAACAUCUUAAAACUCCACUACUAGAUUCAAUGAGAAUAGAAGGAAGCAGGUGUUUAAGUGGCUGUAGACAUUUAUCUCUUGACAUAAUUUUAUAGUGACUUGUGGUGUGGCUUUUUUUUUAAUCCUUUCUACCAAACUAACUAGUUAUUACUCUCAUAGUAGUAGAGCAUUAGUUAAGGAACCAAAA